CAUUGUGAAUAUAAAACAAAUAAUACGAUGUUUUGUUUGUACUUUAGUGUGUCUAUUAAUUAUAGAAUAUUUACUGCAUAUUGUUAUAAAUAUAUAUUUUAAAAACAUUUGAAAAGACUAGACACAUUAUUAUUAUUUCAAGACUCUGAUCUUAUAACAUGUGUUACUGUUUUCAGAAUUUGAUGUUGAUGAGGAACUGGAAGCCAUAGGUAAGGAAAUGGUCACAUAUUGUGGAGGACUACCAUUAGCCAUUAAAGUGUUGGGAGGCUUGUUGGCUAAUAAAAAUAUGGUUGAAGAGUGGAAAAGAGUAGAUGGCAAUAUUAAAACUCAGAUAGUUCGCAUAGAUGACAACAGUCAAGAUUCAGUUUACCGAGUAUUGUCUAUGAGCUAUGAAGAUUUGCCAAUGCACUUAAAGCAUUGUUUCCUCUACCUAGCUCAUUUUCCUGAAGAUGACAUGAUACAAGUGGAGAGAUUGUAUUAUUACUGGGAAGCAGAAGGAAUAAUAACGUCAAGUGGCGAUGGAAAAACCACUAGGAAAAUUGGGGAAGAAUACAUAGAAGAGCUAGUAAGGAGAAAUAUGGUUAUUGCAGUAAAAGAGGAUUUGAGAUGCAGAUGGGAGUAUUGUCAAAUGCAUGACAUGAUGAGAGAAGUAUGCUUAUAUAAAGCCAAAGAAGAGAACUUUCUUCAGUUUAUCAAAGUCCCUACUUCUUCCACCUCCACCAUCAAUGCUCAUACUCCUACAAGAUCUCGCAGACUCGCAGUAUAUGGUGGUAAUGCACUUGAUAUGCUGGGACGUAAAAACAAUAAAAAAGCUAGAUCUGUUUUGGGGUUUGGACUCGACAGCAACUUGUGGAAGCAGUCAGCUCAAGGACUCAGAAAUUUACAAUUACUUAGGGUCUUACAUCUGAGUUUAGAUGAUAAAAACGACUCUAAAGGAGGGAGAAUACCAUCCAGCAUUGGAAAGCUCAUUCAUUUGAGAUAUUUGAGCUUAGACAUGGGUCAUGCAACUCAUGUACCUUCUUCUUUACGGAAUCUAAAGCUUCUAAUCUAUUUGAGAAUUUUCUCCUUCGAAAGAGUUCAUCUGCCAAGUAUCUUUAAAGAGAUGGUAGAGUUGAGGUUCCUGCAGCUUCCCCAUUUUCUUGACGCUAAAACAAAGUUGGAAUUGGGCAAUCUAGUGAACCUGGAGUACCUGACCGGCUUCCGAUCAAAAUACGGUAGCAUCACAGACUUCCUCCGAAUGACUAGGCUCAGGACUCUCCACAUAAAACUCAAAGGCAGGUAUACUUCUGAAAUUCUAGCGUCAUCUCUCUGUGAAUUAAGAAACCUGGAGGAGCUUACAUUGAUCGAUGAGAACAACGAAUCCGAUGGGGCUCAUGAUGUGGAUUUCGUUUGGAAUUUCAUUCAUCUAAGGUAUUUAGAGCUGGACAUACAUACGACAAGGCUUCCUGAUCACUCUCGAUUUCCUCCCCACCUUGCACGCAUAUCUCUAAGUUACUGUGAAAUGGAGGAGGAUCCACUGCAGAUUCUGGAAAAGUUGCUUCAUUUAAAGUCGGUUGAAUUAGGUCGCAGAUCUUUCAUGGGGAGGAAGAUGGUGUGUUCAAAAGGUGGAUUCCCUCAGUUAUGUAAGCUAGAAAUAUGUUGCCUAGACAACUUGGAAGAGUGGAUAGUCGAAGAAAGGUCGAUGCCAUGUCUUCGUACCUUGUCUAUUGUGUAUUGUGAAAAGUUGAAGGAGUUACCGGAAGGGCUCAAGUAUAUCACUUCUUUAAAGGAACUGAAAAUCACCGAUAAGAACAAGGAGUGGAAGACGACACUCGUACCAAGUGGGGAAAGUUACCACAAAGUCCAACACAUUCCUAGUGUUCAAUUAGACUAUCGUGGCGAGGAAUAAGGAGAACAAAACUGUCUCAGGUGAACCUACUCAGAAUCAGUACCUACUAUUGAUUGUGUGAUGUGAUAAUACGUCGUUUUCUUGUUGUAUUGGUGUUUUAAAGUUGACAUAUCUUGUCUGCUAUAUUCCGUUUAUCUGUUGGAUGCUCAUUCACUGUAAUGCUAAGUUUGAAUGUAAUGCUAAGUUUGAAAUACA